AUGAAUAUUGUGUUGAAAAUGCUAACCAAUGGUAGGAGCGAUAGGAGUAGAAAGAUUGCGUUAAUGGGGUUCCGUUCAGUGGGCAAGUCUUCGUUGACUCUUCAGUUCGUUGAGGGAAAGUUCAUCGACUCUUACGACCCGACCAUUGAAAACACUUUCGUAAAGAAUGUCAAAAUCAAAGGACAAGAAUACGGCCUUCGGUUAGUGGACACCGCGGGUCAGGACGAGUACUCCAUCUUCACGUUUUGA